UCCCCCGCGCUCUCCGCGGUGACGUGUCCGAGUCCUGGCUGCUGUCCCAGCCACGGCAGCUCAGCUUGGUUUGCGGGCCGGCGUCUUAACGCCAGCCGGGAGCUUUGGGGUGGCAGCGGGUCGUGCGGGGGAGGAUUUUGCGUGUUUUCCGCCUGCAGCCGGGGUUCGGUAGUGCGGGGAGAACCCCGAAACCCAGGGCUGUGAGCUGUGUUCAGAGGCCUCUGCGAACUCGCCCGCGGUUCUAGACUCCACUCCCAGGCCCAGGCCCUGCCUUAAACUCCAACCCCGAGGGUAGCCAUCUGCCCCAAGGGUCUCGGAACCAUCCCAGACGCGGAAUCCCGGCCCAAAGGCGGAUAUCACUGUUAUUAUUAUUUAUCGUGCUUGUUGCCCAGUCUCCAUUCUGGAAUAAAACCCAGAAAAGUCUCAAGAAAUAAUUAUCACAGUAAUGUACUGCGGAGGUCUGAGUCCGGAAUCCUCACACAACGGUCUAACGAAAGUACAGCUGAUUUUUUUUUUUUUUUUUGAACCAUCAGGUGUGUUUCCUGUAGUUGUUAGGCUGGGAACGCUGUCCCUUGACGUGAUUGGUCAGAACCGACACAGCCCUUACCCCUGUAAGGAGCUUGGGCCUCUGUGCUAACCGGGUCAGCUUCUUAUUGCUCCUAGAGAAUUCAGGGACACGAGCUGAGUUCAAGCCAGGCCCUCGCUCUGUUUCUUGUUCAUGUCUUUUCUUGAGUUACAGAAUCUGGAGCCCACCUCCGUGCCCGGGUACCCUAGGGUCCAUUCCACUGAGAACCGGGCUUUGGGGAAAUGAUCCUUUUAGCUGUUCCUUGUAGCCCGACCUGCUUCUGUCCUGUCCAGCACCUGCAGCCGUUGGUUUGAUUGGGGUUUGGGGUAGUACUCGCUUGUAGCAUUUCCAUUAGUCCGGUCUGAUAAAGUUAUGCAGCAAGGAUUUCAGGCCAGUUUGCAUAGGUGCAAACCCUGUCCACAGCAUUUCGGCAUUUCCCGUGGUUACUGAAGGCAUUUCUGAGUCUCUGGCCUUCUGGGAUGCUUCUGCCUUCUGAGAUGCUUCUGCCUUCUGAGAUGCUUCUGCCUUCUGAGAUGCUUCUGCCUUCUGAGAUGGUGUGCCUGCGUUGGUUAUCCACUGCACUGGGCUUUCGGGUUGCCUUGAUUUUGUUCUUUGUCAUGGACUCCUGUGUGGGGUGACUGUGUAUCCCAGAUUCCUAAAGUCAUUUCCGUUUGUACCUAUUGUCCCAGCGUGACAGUAUCCACCCCGGUUCUAUUUAAUAAUAUUCUUGGUUUCAGGCACGGCUAAUGCACAUGACUGAGGAUAGCUAUGAAUGAGGCCCAAAACGAAAUUGUGAUUUUAAAACAUUACGUGAUUUCAUUUAUUCGCUUACUCUUGUAACUUGACGUCACCAUUCUGGGGCUUGAACUUUGUAGAGAGCAAAGUCAUGUUGCGAUGGCGAACGUUCGGACUUGCCUGCUAGGUAACUUAGCACACCCCUGUCCCUAAAGUGAAUGUACAUGUAUUGGUAGGCAGCAAGAGUGGCUGGCGCAUGGCAGAUAAUGUAGAACUCAGGAUGGACCCACAGGUGUCAGAGACCCUUGACUUCAGGACUAGAGGUGGAGCUCAGUGGCCCGGGGUCCGUCUCCAGGGCCAGGCAGAGGCCAAGGGGAAGGAAAAGGAAAACAGAAUUCUAUGGGCAGGGUGUAGAAACACCUAAGUGGUAUUGAGAGUUAUCCAUGGUCACAUGAACCCCCUAGUUACUGUGGGGCUUUAACAUUGAAACCCCUAAAUUCUGCUGUGAUCUCUGUCUCGGUCUAAGGACCGUAAGGCCCCCUGAAUCCAUACCAGGAGCCAGAACCAAUUAGCCAUGGCUAGAGAGUUUCAAAGGCAGUCUAUAAGGUCUACUGCUGGCCUUCUAGAAUUAGGCUCUGAGGUAGGCCACAGGUUAUUGGUAAUAAUGCCCAAUCAUCCUGAUUUGCCAGAGACUGAGGGUUUCCUGGGACAUGGGACUUGCAAUUUUAAAAAAAUAUGUAUUUUAUUUAGUAUUCAUAAUGCUUGGAAUAUGUUUUGAUCAAACAUCCCCAUUCUUUCCCCUCUGGUUCCUCCCCACCACUUUUCCCUCCCAACUUCAUGUGCUCACUCUCUUAAAAAAACAAACAGACAAACAAAACAAACAAAUAAGCAAACAAAAAACCCCACUGAGUCCUUUUAGUACAUGGGUGUGGGACUAUCUACUGGAGCAUGGGAAGCCUCUCAGAGCCUGCAUCCUUGAAGGAGACAGACUCCCAAUUAUCCGUUCAUCUAGGCUAUUUCUAUAUCCUGGCUAUUGUGACUAGAACAAUCAUGGAUGGGCAAGUGUCUUUGCAGAGUCCUUUAAGAAUGUGUCCAGAAGUGGUAUAUCUGGAUCAUAUGGUAGAUCCAUUUCUAGCUUUUUGAGGAAUCACCACACCAAUUUCUAUAGUGGUUACACAGGUUUGCACUCCCCCAACAGUGAAUAAACAUCCCCCUUUCCCCACGUCCACAACAGCAUUUGCCAAUCAGAUCUUCUGGUCUUUUCCCUACUAAGAAGCCUGUCAAAAAUGGCAGCUAGCUGCUAUUGCUAUGAUGUUUCUCCAUGCCAAGGUUUUCUUGGUCACUGGUAAGGGCUAUGAUUCUCUUUUCCACAUGCUCUAGUACCUACACCUCAAGGUAGUGGGCUCAGUGGAAUUUCCUGUUUUGAUCAGAAGAAUCAUAAUGUACACAAGGACUUGGCAAAGCUGAGAUGAGAUUCAAAUUAGGGCCGCCAUAGCCAUGUCUGAAAUACAUAUUCCAGUGAGUGGGGGCACAGAGGUUACAUCAGAGGACUGUGGAUACUCAGCUUCACCCUGUGGGGUGCAGGGAGCUCCAAAGACCAGCUGCCUCUGGGACUCUUCCUCUGCAGGCUUCCCAGAUCAUGUGGUACACUAGCACCCGGGGAAUGGCCCCACGGGUCAACUUUGAGGGGGCCCUCUUCUCUGGCUAUGCACCAGAUGGGGGCCUCUAUGUGCCAGAGGAGUUCCCACAGCUGGACAGAGAGACCCUGCACCACUGGAGCACGCUUUCCUAUCGCAGCCUGGUGAAGGAGCUGUGUGCCCUCUUCAUUGGCCUGGAGCUCAUCCCAAGACAGGACCUAAAUGAUCUGAUUGACCAAGCCUUCAGCAGAUUCCGCCACAGAGAUGUGGUCCAUCUGCGCAGACUGAGGAAUGGGCUGAACAUACUGGAGCUGUGGCAUGGGGUCACAUAUGCCUUUAAGGACCUGUCGCUGUCCUGCACUGCUCAGUUCCUGCAGUACUUCCUGCAGAAGAGGAAGAAGCAUGUCACCAUUGUUGUAGGAACUUCUGGGGACACGGGAAGUGCUGCCAUUGAGAGUGUUCAGGGAUCCAAGAAUAUGGACAUCAUCGUUCUGUUGCCCAAAGGCCAUUGCACAAAGAUUCAGGAGCUCCAGAUGACAACGGUGCUGAAGGAGAAUGUCCAUGUGUUUGGAGUGGAAGGGAACAGUGACGAACUUGAUGAGCCCAUCAAGGCCGUGUUUGCGGAUGUGCCUUUUGUCCAGAGGCACAACCUGAUGAGCUUGAACUCCAUCAACUGGUCUCGGGUCCUGGUGCAGAUGGCACACCACUUCUUCGCUUACUUCCAGUGCGUACCCUCCUUGGACACGCACCCCCUGCCCGCUGUGGAGGUGGUCGUGCCAACAGGGGCUGGGGGUAACCUUGCAGCUGGGUGCAUUGCUCAGAAGAUGGGUCUGCCCAUCCGCCUGGUUGUGGCCGUGAACCGCAAUGACAUCAUCCACAGGACUAUCCAGAAGGGAGACUUCUCUCUGUGUGAGGUUGUCAAGCCAACCCUGGCAUCCGCUAUGGACAUUCAGGUUCCCUACAACAUGGAGAGGAUCUUCUGGCUGCUCUCUGACUCUGACAGCCAGGCAACAAGAGCGCUCAUGGAGCAGUUUGAAAGAACCCAAAGUGUGAGCCUCCCCAAGGAACUACAUAGCAAGCAUCUCCCGGUGCUGCCUGGCCUCUGCCUCUGCAGUCAAAUUCCCAGAAGCAGUCCAGGCUGCUGGGCUAACUCCUCAGACUCCUGCAGAGAUCCUAGCCCUGGAGCACAAGGAGACCCACUGCCUCCCGAUGCGGAGAGGAGAUGACUGGAUGCAGAUGCUGCGGGACACAAUUGAGGGCGUGUCCCAGCGCUGGCAAGGUGGUGCUGUGAACUCCUCAGAAUAGCCAGGCUGGAACUGGUUUGAACACGCUUGUCCCGGGACUCACUAGGACAAGAUGGCUCAGUAGUUAAGAACUCUUGCUGCUCUUCCAGAGGACCCAAGAUUAGUUGCCAGCACCCAUGUCAGGUGACCCACAACCAUGUGUAACUCCAGCUGCAGGAGUUCUGACACUUCUGGCCUCAGUGGGCAAUGCACUCUUGUGCACAGAUACACAUACAGACACGCAUACCUAUAUAUAAUUUAAAAUAAUAAAAAUAAAUCCUUUUUUAAACUUC